CCCCAUCCCAACUGCUUCUUCCACCUAGGGGCCAAUGACUGGCCUUCUGCUGCCAUCAUGGAAUACCUUCCCAGUCUGCAGCAAGAAUUCGAUGAGCUGAAGCCAUCGCUGUUCGAGCUACUCGCCGAACAACAGCUCUCCGACCUUCUCCCCCCUUCAAUCCGAUACAUCCUCGCCGUCGCGACCCAUCGCCAUCCACGAUAUCUCCUCCGAAUUCUCAACUCCUACGACGAGAUCUACGCGCUCCUCUCCCUCGUCGUCGAACGCUACUACCUACGCACCUUCGGCGGCUCCUUCACAGAGAACUUCUACUCGCUCAAACGCGAACGAGUCCUCCUCACCAAGAAUGGCGAGAUCCCUCGCGCUCAACUCGGCGCCCCAGGCCCCGUCCGCGAAGCCCUCAAGCUCCGCACCUCCGAUGUCUGGAAGAACCUCCUCGUCCUCGUCGGAAUCCCCUACCUAAAGCGCAAGCUCGACGAAGGCUACGACAUCCACGCCGCACCACAAGCAUCCCUGAUCAUGAGCGGCGGCCCCAGAUACAACCCAGGCGACGACCUCCCUCCAAACCCAACAAUCCGCCAACGUCUCCUCCACUACUACAAGUGGUUCCUCCGCAACAUCUACCCCUCCGUCAACGCCGCUUACUACUUCUCCAUCCUCGCCUUCAACCUCGCCUACCUCUUCGACAACACCAAAUACUCCUCCCCUUUCCUCUGGCUCAUCGGCACCCGCAUCCGCCGUCUCAGCUCCGCAGACCACCGCGCCAUCGCCUCCAUCCUCGACCCUAAACCCACUCCCGGAUCUGGUCCCGGCGGCGCAGGCGCCCGCACCCGCCCCGGCUCCGGCCUCCUGGGCCUCCUCAGCCCGCAGAACCUCUACCCCCAACUCCUCACCUCCCUCCGCUACUUCCUCCCGGUGUCGAUCUUCGCCCUCAAGUUCCUCGAAUGGUGGCACGCAAGUGACUUCUCGCGCCAGCUCGCUCGCAAAGCAACCGAGGUCCUGGACCUCCCUGCCCCCGUCGCAGCAGGAAUGACGCCUCCCUCGGAGAAGCGUAAAGCAGCCGCCGCUGCCGCAGAGAAACAACAACAGCAACAGCAGCAGCAACCAUCAUCCCCUACCCUCAAAUCAGCACUCAAAUCAACCCCGCCAGCACGCACACGCAUCCAACCCCCCAUCUCAGCAACUUCCUAUCUACCCAUCUUCACCGUGCCACUUCCCCCACCAGACUCGGAUGUCGCGUCCGCGUGCCCAAUCUGUUUGAAUGCGCUUACGAAUCCCACGGCGUGUCAGACGGGGUAUGUUUACUGCUACGUGUGUAUCUUCCAUUGGUUGAAUGGGGAGCAUCAGCGACAGUUGGAUUUCAUAAAUGGGGAGGGUGCGGGCGCGGCGUGGGCGGAUGAUGAUUUGGAGGGGGGUGAGGAGGAGCAUAAGGGUGGGGAUGAUGGUGAUGAGGAGGAGAUGAAGAAGUCGAGGAGUAGACGUGGGAAGUGGGAGAGUGGGAAGGGGAGGUGUCCGGUUACGGGGAGGAGAGUGCUUGGGGGGACGGAGGGGUUGAGGAGGGUGUUGGUGUAG